AUGGGAUGUUGCUGGCUGGCCUCCCCGGAACUGGCCCUGAGCCCUGCAAUUUGCGGAAGAGCCCGCCCUGCACUAGGCUUGCCGGUUGUCCCAACUGCGACGAACCGCGCGGGCUGCAGAAUUCUAGCCUGCAAGAUUCCGCGGAAAGUCCGUGAGCCCAGGCGCCAGGUUCCAGACCGCAAAAAUGCAGAGAAGGAGGCUAGAGCAUUGACGAGCCGGAUCACGAAAGCUAGCUCGGCCGCAGAGCUUCUCGAUCUUCUUGAUAAGCAGGUUCGCAGCAAAGUUUUCAACGAGUACCACCUGACUGCUUUCAUGACGAUGCUGGCCAGAUUCAAGAGGCGGUAUCAGCUUCGCCAAGGCUGCUUUUCGAGCAGCCCAGCAUUGGCCAAGCUCGCAGACCGACUGUAUGAUAUGCUGCAGCAAGACUUGCUGUCACCACGCAGCACGUCAAAUGCCUUCUACGCAGUGGGCGAGCUUUGCCAGGAAAUGGAGAAACACCUGUCGCAGCUUCUGCCGAAGCUUUGCGAGACGGUUCGGUCGAAGGCUGGCGACAUGGAAUCUCAAGGUCUGUCCAACUGUGUUUUGGCGGCUACUAAGCUGCACGAUGUUUCCCCGGACGUGUUGGUCGUCGUGCCAGCCCUUGCAGGGAGCAUACGGGACAAGGCGGUGGACAUGAACCCUCAAGAGUUAUCUAACAGCCUGCUGGCAGCUGCGAAGCUCCACGAUGUGUCACCGGAAGUGCUGACUGCCGUGCCUUCCAUCGCAAUGUGCAUACCUCACCAUGUGAGGGGCAUGAAACCUCAGGAGUUGUCCAAUUCCUUGUGGGCGGCUGAGAAGCUCCAAGAUGCAUCCUCAGAGGUGUUGGAUGCUGUGCCAGCCCUUGCCAAUCGCAUACAGCACAAGGUUGAGGACUUGGAGCCUCAAGGCUUGUCCAAUUGCAUUUUAGCAGCAGCGAAGCUGCAGGAUUCAGUGCCACAGGUUUUGGAUGUCGUGCCAGCUCUGGCAAGACGUAUACCGGACAAGAUUGAAGACAUGAUUCCUCAACACUUGUCCAACUGCUUGUGGGCAGCUGAAAAGCUCCAAGAUGCAUCACCAGACGUUCUGGAUGCCGUGCCAGCCCUUUCGAAGCGCAUACCGGACAAGGUUGAUGACAUGAUUCCUCAAGGACUGUCCAGCUGCUUGCUGGCAUCUGCCAAGCUCCAGGAUGCGUCGCCAGAUGUGUUGGUUGUCGUGCCAGCCAUUGCAAAGCGCAUACCAAGCAACGUAGAUGACAUGAACCCACAAGAACUGUCCAACCUUCUAGUGGCAGCGGCAAAGCUGCAGCAGUCAGGGCCGGAGGUUUUGAAAGCUGUGCCAUGUAUCGUUCGGCGCUUGCAAAAGAUCAUCAACACCAUGGACAUGCAGGGCUUGGCCACAAACUUUUGGGCAGCCGGGAAGCUCAAGGAUGCGUCUCCCGAGGUUCUGGCCUUGGUACCCAAACUCAUAGACCGAAUCUGUCCUGCAGUCAGCCAGUUCGUACCGGAAGGGCUACACAUGUCACUUUGGGCAUCCCAGCAAUUUGAGGAGUGCGAACUGGCGGCCAAGCUGCGGGCGGAACUCGACCGUCGGCAGCGCUGA